GGUCAAUUUCCCCUCCAUCUUAUCCCAUUUAUCCCUGAUGAACCUAUCUACAAGGGUGGUCUUACAUAUUCUAAAUUAUCUAAGAAAGAUAAGAAAAAUCUUCAACCGUUGAAAGUUGGUAGCAAACAGUUGAUUAUUGAAAUUGAGGCUAUUAAACCCAUCUAUAAGGAUGGCAAGCUACAUUCUUCGUUAUCUCAUAAUGAAAAGAAAACCCUUCGACCCUUACAAGACAAGUGGUUCAAUGGGAAGACUACUACUGAAAUCGCUCUCUAUCGCGAUAAUUUGACUAUCGCUCUUACUCAUUAUCAAAACGUUUGUUAUGAUUAUCACACAUACUUGAGACGACAACAUUCUCCUAUUGCAUCAUCUUCCUUACCUCCGACAAAAGGAAAAAAGAAACAAAAAGGUCGCGCUACCGAUCCUGAUUUCAAUAUCAAACAGUUACAAAUUUUAGAAGAAACAAUGGACGAAAGCGGUCUCCAUCUUGCUCUCACAGUACGGCAUAAUAAACUAUAUGAACCGGAAUAUGUUACUCAUCAGGCGCCUCGUCAACUUAAACGGUCAGCCACUAGGAAUUUUAAUUUGGACUUGCAUUACAAUCUCCAUAUGAGGAAAAGGUUUCAUCAUUUUACUGAAGAUUCAGCCUUGGUUACUAAUUUUUGUUCGAACUAA